GCAGUUUCAGAAAGGAGGCCUGGACUCUGGCAGGGAGCUCGGCACAUGCUCGGCUGACCCAGAUGGUGUUGGAUGCAGCACCCCACUGAGCAGCAGCUGUCCCCAGCACCAGAGGACCCCACAGCAGGAGUAGGAGCUUUGUGCCCCUAUGAAACUGCAGGUGGGGCUGUGGCCACCAGGACAAGGGAGCAGCACCUCGGAUGGAAAGCAGCAGGGCAGAACCUUUUACAAGGAGGACCUUGGUCUCUGUGGCAGAGUUUUCUGACACCCACAGCGCUUCCUGCUUUUCUCCUCUCAGGGUUGGGGCCUGGUUCCCUUCUCUAGCAGAGGGCUUUGGCCAGGAGGAGCAGUCAAAGUGGAGAUGACUUUUGCAUGGAAUCCAGGCCCCCUGGAGUCCAUGGGCUCUCUGUUGUGAUUGGGGAUCUGGGGCUUCCCUGCUGCAGGGGACGAGGGGCCGCCUCAGUGUCUGCUCAUGAACCACAAGGAUCCCAACUGCUCCAGACUGGACUGUUUCAAGCCGCCAAAGAGGGGGAUCCCUAGAACUGGCAGCCAGCAAUCUCAAGGGACUAAAAGGCUGGGAUGGAUUGACCUCCCCCUUCCCAGGGCAGUGGGAGAGGCAGAGCCUCUGUGGCCCAGCUAGUGACGGAGAGACCCGAUGAAGGUCUCUAAGUAGGGGCUUGAGUGACUCAGGGACAGGGGAGCCACUCCUGCUGACGUGCUUUCUCCUUACACUGAGGGAGGGUGUGGCGAGGGACCCCGGGCGCUGUCCUCUGCCUCAGCACGUGCCCCUAUGCCCUUUGCACGUGGUGUCAGAACAGGCAGGCGACGCCGUGACUGGCCCCUUCGUGGGCUGGGACAGCAGUGGCCACGGUGACAGCUACCUGCCCCCCGGCACCAUGAAGUGCUCCCUGCGGGUGUGGUUCCUCUCUGUGGCUUUCCUGCUGGUGUUCAUCAUGUCCCUGCUCUUCACCUACUCGCACCACAGCAUGGCCACCCUGCCCUACCUGGACUCGGGGGCUCUGGGCGGGACUCACCGGGUGAAGCUGGUGCCAGGCUAUGCUGGCCUGCAGCGCCUCAGCAAGGAGGGGCUCUCAGGCAAGAGCUGUGCCUGCCGCCGCUGCAUGGGCGACACCAGUACCUCUGACUGGUUUGACAGCCACUUCGAUGGCAACAUUUCCCCUGUCUGGACCCGAGAGAACAUGGAUCUUCCACCAGAUGUCCAGAGGUGGUGGAUGAUGUUACAGCCCCAGUUCAAAUCACACAAUACCAAUGAGGUGCUGGAGAAACUGUUCCAGAUAGUUCCGGGCGAGAACCCCUACCGUUUUCGGGACCCCCACCAGUGCCGGCGCUGCGCUGUGGUAGGGAACUCAGGCAACCUGCGGGGCUCUGGCUAUGGGCAGGAUGUGGAUGGACACAACUUCAUCAUGAGGAUGAAUCAGGCACCAACAGUGGGCUUUGAGCAGGAUGUUGGCAGCCGAACCACCCACCAUUUCAUGUACCCUGAGAGUGCUAAGAACCUGCCCGCCAAUGUCAGCUUUGUGUUGGUGCCCUUCAAGGCCCUGGACCUUCUGUGGAUCGCCAGCGCCCUGUCCACCGGGCAGAUCCGAUUCACCUAUGCCCCAGUGAAGUCCUUCCUUCGAGUGGACAAAGAAAAGGUCCAGAUCUACAACCCAGCCUUCUUCAAGUACAUCCAUGACAGGUGGACAGAGCAUCAUGGACGGUACCCUUCCACAGGAAUGCUGGUGCUCUUCUUUGCCCUCCACGUGUGUGAUGAGGUGAACGUGUACGGGUUCGGGGCCGACAGCCGGGGCAACUGGCACCACUACUGGGAAAACAACCGGUACGCGGGCGAGUUCCGGAAAACGGGAGUGCACGACGCGGACUUCGAGGCUCACAUCAUCGACAUGCUGGCCAAGGCCAGCAAGAUCGAGGUCUACCGAGGCAACUGAGCCGGGCCUCGAACGACCCUCCCGGCCCAGCCGCCAGGCACCGGCACGCGCUCCCGCCCGGUACUCCCGGCCAGCCCG